AUGGGUUUCUCCAGAGAACACCUUCUUGCGCGGUUAAAGGAGCUUCAAAUUCCAUUUUCCCAGUACAAACAUCCAGUUGUUUUGACAGUUGACGCUCAGGCUCAAUAUGUUGGACAUUUGGGGGGUGGGCUCAGUAAGAAUUUAUUUCUCAAGGAUAAGAAAAACAGGUUGUAUGUUGUUUCUGCUUUAGCUGCUACCAAAGUAGAUCUUAAAGUAUUAUCUCAGCGGCUUGGUUUGGGAAAAGGGGGUCUCAGAAUGGCACCUGAGGAGGCUCUAGGUGAAGUACUUCAGGUACCCUUGGGUUGUGUCACUCCAUUUGCACUAGUGAACGAAUCAGCACGAGAUGUGUCACUACUAUUGGAUCAAGGGUUCAAGACUCAGGAGCAUUGCUUCUUCCAUCCACUGUCAAAUGAUAUGUCUAUAUCUCUUAAAGCAUGCGAUCUUGACAAGUUUCUUAAAUCAAUUGGAAGAAAUCCCUCAUACGUUGAUUUGGAGGCCAAUCCUACUGUGGGGAAAGAUCAACCCCCUGAUCUAGCUGCACUAGUUCCAUCUGGUUCAAUAGUUUUACCCGAUCAACCACAAAAGCAAUCUUCUUUGCAGGUUCCUACGGAUGCAAAUCAUGUUUCAGUGGAUAAUGGAACAAGUACAGUUUCAGCCAAAGUUGUCAAGCCCUCUGGUGGGAAAACUACAAAAGGACCGGUAAAAAAUGUUAAUUCAUCAGGCUCCUUUGCAGAUGUUGGUCAAUUUGUUGAAGAGAUAUUGCAAAAAACAUCACAGUUAUUGCUUUCAGAGGUCAAGGAAGAAAAUAUGAAGUUACACGGGGAGCAGCUGGGUACUGUGGUAUCUAACAAAUUGCAGAAGAACCUUAGUUCAGAGUUUAAGAACCUUGCUAUGAUAUUCAAGAACACAGCAUAUACAGAAGGGUUCCAUGCUGGUACUCACUAUCGGCCCCCGCUCAUGUGA